GCGGGGCGCGCGGAAGGCGGAGCCGAGCAGGGGAAUCCUCUCUCGUUUCGCCGCGGGCCAGCAGAGCCUCCUGGCCGUCCAAGGGCCCCAGCUCUGGGGGUGGCGGAACCUCGACGAGCCGAGUCCGAAGAGGCCACCGCGGUCCGUGAGCCGGUGUCGUCCCAAUACACUGGCAGAGAUCCGCCUCGGCCUUCCAGGCCCCGCGGUUCCCUCACCGGACGGUCGCCUGCGCGCCAUGCAGCCGCCGCCUGCCCCGCGCGUGUAGGCGCUCGCCACAGGCCAUGCUGCCCCUUCUUGCCGCGCUACUGGCCGCCGCCUGCCCGCUGCCGCCGGCGCACGGCGGGGCCACGGAUGCGCCCGGCCUUGCAGGGACGCCCCCAAACGCCUCGGCCAAUGCGUCCUUCACCAAUGAACACUCCACCCCGCGUCUGCUGGCAUCGGCGGCAUCGGCGCCCCCAGAGCGCGCGGGCCCAGAGGAGGCUCCGGCAGCGCCCUGCAACAUCAGCGUGCAACGACAGAUGCUGAGCUCGCUGCUCGUGCGCUGGGGCCGCCCGCGGGGCUUGCAGUGCGACCUGCUGCUCUUCUCAACCAACGCGCACGGCCGCGCCUUCUUCGCCGCCGCCUUCCACCGCGUCGGGCCGCCACUGCUCAUCGAGCAUCUGGGGCUGGCGGCGGGCGGCGCGCAGCAAGACCUGCGCCUGUGCGUGGGCUGCGGCUGGGUGCGCGGCCGCCUGCGGGCUCCCGCCGGGGCUCCCACUGCGCUGCCUGCCUACCCAGCGGCGGAGCCGGGGCCGCUGUGGCUGCAGGGAGAGCCUCGUCACUUCUGCUGCCUAGACUUCAGCCUGGAGGAGCUGCAGGGCGAGCCGGGCUGGCGGCUGAACCGCAAGCCCAUCGAGUCCACGCUGGUGGCCUGCUUCAUGACCCUGGUCAUCGUGGUGUGGAGCGUGGCCGCCCUCAUCUGGCCGGUGCCCAUCAUUGCCGGUUUCCUGCCCAACGGCAUGGAGCAGCGCCGGACCACCGGCGCCCCCGCGGCCGCUCCUGCAGCCGUACCCGCGGGGACUACCGCCGCUGCCGCCGCCGCUGCUGCAGCAGCUGCUGCUGCCGCGGCUGUCACCUCGGGGGUGGCUCCCAAGUGACCCCCGCCGCCCCGCGUCCUCGCUGUGUAAGCGCUCGCACGCGCCUUCCUCGCCGGAGACGCGGCAGAUGCGCUUCGUGCUGUCCUUAUUGUACGUCCUUUUCCAGGGAGGGGACCGCAGAGAGGCCCAAAUGAGGUGGGAAAGUGAGGUUUGUGCUGAGGUUCUGGUUCGGAAGAGCAGGGGCAAGCUCUCGGGCUGAGGGUGGGAUCCACGCGUGGCUCGAGGACACAAGGGAAACCGGCUCUUUCCCCUGCGGCACCACCUCCCUGCGCCCACAUGCCCUUUAUUUAUGGCAGAAAGUGACCAGAUCCUGUGUAUUUGUUUUAUAUAUUUAAUAACUGUUUUAAAUGAAAGUUUUAGUAAAAAAAAAAAUACAAAACAAAAAGAUUCAACUGCUAAAGCUGUGGUAACAAGAGCUCUUUGUAUCUGAAUGUAGUUGUACUUGAAGCUUCUUGUUUGUUUUUUUAAAGGGGGGGACAAGGGAAGAUUUGACACGGAUUUAUUGUUAUUGCUUACAAAAGAACUUUAUGAAUCUUUUCCAAGUCGAUCUAUUCAGUGACAUGGCCUGGUGGGCGUUUCUUCUUGUAUCAAUGUGGUUUUCUGGCUUUUAAUACAGACAUUUUCCUCCA